AUGCUCCUCCGCCGCCGUUUCCUCGGCCUCCCCGCCGCCGUCUCCGGCAGCCUCCGCCGCUCCCACACCUCGGCGGGCACGCGGAUUCCGUGGGCCAUGAUGCGCCACAACGCGUGUCCCGUCGAGGCGCCCAGCCCGCAGGUCCGGCUCGUCGAGCCACCGCGCAUCUCCGAAGUGUACGUCCCGGACCACCUCGUCAAGACCGCGCCCCUCCCCGACCCCGACAGCGACGUCGUCGAAGCGCGCGGCGGCGUCGUCUGCGCCGCGAGCGGCGACGGCCUCCUCCUCCUCGUCUUCGCGCAGAUGCGCCUCACGGCUCGCAUCGUCGCCAGGCAGGGCGACCUUCCGCUGCGGCUGCCGCCCGACGACUUCGACCCCGACCACGUCCCCAACGUCACGCGCUUCGUCUUCAACCCCGUCACCAACCAGAUAUCCCGCCUCCCGCCCCGUGUGGCCAAGCUCGACCGCAACGCGGGACCGCUCUUCGACGUCCACAUGGGCCUCGUCACCCAGGCCGACCGCGGGCACGGGCCGCCUGACAGGUUCGCCGUCGCCGAGCUGCCGGAAGGGAACCUGAUGCUCCGGUUCCUCUCGGAGACGGGCAAGUGGGAGACCGUGACGGUUUCGCGGUGCCAACUCCCGUCUGCGCGGCGAAUGGAGAUACACCACGAGGUGCUUGCGUUCCGCGGUCGCCUCUGGUGGGUCGACCAGACCUGGGGCGCAAUCUCCGUCGACCCGUUCAGCGACCGGCCGGAGCUCUCCUUCGUCGAGCUGCCGAGGGGAAGCGUGCUGCCUCCAGGCGCGCCCACCCGUGAGCGUGUCAGCAUGCAUUUCCUGGGCUAUGCGCCAUCUGACGACGAUGAGGACGGUGACAAGGUUUUGUGGAGUAGGUACCGGCGCGUGGGUGUCAGCGAAGGGCGGCUGAGGUACGUCGAGGUCUCUACGAAGGAACCAUAUCUUCUCAGUUCAUUCGCGCUCGACGACGAUGUCAGCGGCUGGACGCUGGAGCACCGGGUGGCGCUCAGCAAACUGUGGGCGGAUGGAGGCUACUCGUGGCUACCCUUGAAGGAGGGGAUGACGCCACGAAUUGCACUUCUUGAUCCACUUAACGCCAGUGUCGUCUACCUCAAGGUUGACAAGCACAUUGUCGUCGUGGACAUGAACAUCAAGGAGGUGACCGGGAGUUACCUGUACAAAACAAACUUCGACUGCAUACCCUGUGUUCUUCCACCGUGGCUUGGAUCCAGCCGGAUCCCUUCUGCAGGCAAGAAGGAUGCCGAAAAAACCAAGACUUUGGCUAACGUUCUGGUUCGCUCAGACACCCCGUAGAAGAGAUGCAGGUUCCUUAAAACUAACAGAUGCUGGUGUCUAAUUAAUUACGAAGCUGAUGGUGGUAGCUUACUGAACUCUCAUUUUAGGAAAAAUCUGGAGAAGUCAUGGUUUGGGGGAGCUUUGCAGUCAUCUUACUGUAUCUUAUUUUUAGGGGAAAUCUGGGAGAUCUUUUAGACUGUCGGUUCGCAGCAGAACAUUCCGGUAGAAUUGCUAAAUUAAAUCAGCAUGCGACUACCAUCACAGAACAUCCUAGAUGUUGUUCUUACUAGCUACACAUGUAUUAUUAAGGAAAGGUUGAUGCUUGAACGUGUUUACUCUUGUGAGAAAUCUUAUUUUAGGGUUCUGUGCGUAUCACAUCCAUGCUUAAGUGAUGAUCUGUUCUGAUGCAGUGUUAGUAUUUGCUGUC